CGACACCUAGCGACUAGCAAUGGCAAGCCGGCGGGCAGUAUCCCAACAUGAGGAGCCGCCUGCAAAACGGGGGAGACACGAGAACGGGAACGGAGGCGCCCAACAACAACAGGUCCACAAGAACGGGUGCGCCCAACAGCAGGCACACGAGUGCGACUCCAAACCGAUCGGACGAGUGCAGCCCGGUCUGUUAGCCGCCAAGCCGAAACACGGGGCCUUCGUUACCGUCAGGUUCCGCAAGGGGGCCUCACCGCACCGGGAGGACAUCUUGUCACUGGUCAGGAGGCUUCAGGACUACGGAAGCGACGCGGGAGAGCGCACCUGGUCUGUGGCCACCUUCAACCCGGAGCUCUGGGAACGCUGGCAAAACGGUCAGGUAACCCUGGAGAAGCGUCCGGAGGGAGAGUACCUCCUCCCCAACUCCACCAAGUUCGUCAACACAGGCGGAGACGUCUUCUUCUUCCUCAAGUCCGACUCCCUAUUUCACAUCCGAGGCCUGAAGAACAUCGUCAGCCAACAACUCGACAACUUUCAAGACGUGAGCUUCGACAUACAGGACUCGGAGACGGGCAACAACCGCGUGAUCGGCGGGCUGUUCGCCGACGGUCUGGCCAACCCGACGGACGUCGAGAACAUCGACGACUUCGUCAUCACCACGGAGGUGGACAGGGGCGCGACCGGUGGGUCCUACAUGCUGACGCAGAAGUUCGUCUUCAACUGGACGAUCCUAGACAACAUGUCACAAGACCAGCUGGAGAACAUGAUCGGGAGGACAGUCACGGACGACAUCCUGGUGGUGGAUUACCCCCGGAGGCACGUGAAGUGCGCGCACAUCCUGGACGAGAACGGGAAACACCCGCUCAUCUUCCGGCAGUCCAUGCCGUACGGGAUGAACAAGACCGGCAUCGGCCGGGAGGAGGGGGCCUUCUACAUCUCCUGCGCCAACACCUGCCAGAGGUUCCUGGACAUCCUCAAGAAGCUGGUAGCUGAGGAGGACCACCUGAUCAGCGCGGUGCAGGCGGAGGAGGGGAGUUUCUGGUACGUACCGAGCGCUGAUGAGCUGGGUCUGGCGCCGGUCCCCGUCCGGGAGCAGCUGACCCUGAUGCCACAGUGGGACGUCAAGAGCGACAACGGCUACAUGUUCUACAACAGCCGUGAGUACAUGUACCGGAUGACCACAGGCGGGUACAGGGACGCCAAAAACACGCCUAGCUGCCGGGUGCUGAAACUCAUGGGCCUGGUCCUCACCGACUGGCAGCGCAGCUGGUUCGAGAAACAAGACGAGCCGCUCAUCCCAGAUCUCAAAACCUUCCUCAACGAGAGCGACCGCGCUCUCCUCAAAAAGUACGACAACGCCGUCCCCAUAAGAAAGGGCCUGGCGACGUACUACACCUUGCAGAACAUCGUGAAGACGCCGCCGUUCUCCGAGAAGUUCGACCUGUACCGCAUCUACCCCGACGAGCUGAUCGUGGGAGUCAUGCCGAGUUUUGCGUUCGGGCUCGGGAAGAGGGUGAUGCCGUAUCUGACGCAGGACGAGCAGAUUCCCGCCUUUCAGAUGGGCGUCAACGAAGCUGCAGCGAUAGGACACAUCGUGCCGGACUACCAGGUCAUCCUGGACAAAGGUCUGCAAGCCCUUAUCGACGAGAUGGAGACCAAAGCAGCUUCCGCGGAAACAAAGGACCAGAAGAUGUUCUUUCUUUCGGCUGAAAAGUCGCUGGAGGGGGUACAAGCCUACAUAGAGAGCUACGCAGAGCUGGCCGACAGGUUGUCCACCAAGGAAACGUUCACCAGAGAGCAGAAGGCGAAUCUUAAGAAGGUCGGCGCCCGCAUGCAGAAGCUGGCCAGGGAGAAGCCCGGCACGUUCCUGGAGGCCGCGCAGCUCGUCUUCACGAUGCACUGCUGCCUGCACAUCGUCGGUGAGCACAUCUCCAUCGGCCGGCUGGAUCUGCUACUGGGACCGUUCUACUCUCAGGACGGUGAGACGACUAAGGAGGAAGCCCAGGAGAUCAUCGACUGCUUCUUCAUCAAGAUCGGCGAGAGGACCGUGCUGAACCGCCACGCCGCGCAGGACAAGAUCUUCCCGGGGAUGACCGCCGUGCCCUACACCAGCAACGGGCAAUUUCCCCAGGGCGGCUGCCUGAACCAGUGGGGCCAGCAGCUCACCAUCGGAGGGUACCUGCCCAACGACGACGAGGUCCCCACCACCGCCUGCAACGAAGUCACCCUGAUGUGCCUCCGAGCCUCCAGGCGGCUUCCUCUGAACGCCCCGUGCCUGACGCUACGGGUUCACCACGGGAUCCCGCAAGAGGUGUUGGAGGAGGCGGCUAAGGCCCUGCUGAGCGGAGGGGCUCACCCGAUCCUGCUGCAUGAUGACAGGCUGGUUCCGGCCCUACAGGACUCCGGGAGGAGGGGCAUCUCUGUAAGCCUGAGAGACGCCAGGAACUACGCCUGCGACGGCUGCUUCGAGCCGGUGUUCGUCGGCGCCUCCGAGUUCGCCUUCUGCACCUUCCCGCUGCUGGACGCCGUGGAAAUGGCGCUGAACGAGGGGACGCUCUACUCACAGGCCGGUUCGACGUACCUCCGCGGGACCAAGAAGUCAUUCGCCUCGCCGCACGCGAGUCAGAUCGAGACGUUCGAGCAGUACCAGGAGGUCUUCCUGCAGCACCUCCGCCUCCACAUCCCCCUGCUGGUGUCCUUCCUCGCCGGGGGGUACGGCAACAUCUGGAAGAUGUGCCCCAGCCCCCUCCUGUCCGUCAUGAUGCACGGGUGCAUCGAGGCCGGCCGGGACCAUGCAGGCGGGGGUACGGAGUACCACGACCUGGGCUUCAUGUUUGUGGGCGGUGCAAACGCCAUCGACUCGCUCUACGCCAUCAAGAAGCUGGUGUACGAGCCACUCACGGCGCUGACCACCCUCCCGGACCUGCUGGCCUGCCUGAAGUGCGACUGGGGCCACGACAUGAAGGAGUACCUCGUCGACGUCCGAGCCGGACCGAGCAGGGGAGAGGUGCAGGCUAACUUCUUCAAGCAUCUCCGGAACGCCGCCCUGGCCCUCCCCAAGUUCGGUCACGGCGAAGACGAGGAACUGAAGGAGCUGGCGACUUGGCUGUUCGAAAACGUCUUCAAGAUCCUUCGGGAGACCUUCGAGAACGCGCCCGUCGGAGUGAAGGAGAUCUUCGAGAGGCUGGAGAAGGACUACUCCCUCCCUGGCCGGCCCUUCGGCUUCGUAGCGCUGCCGGGAAUAGGCACUUUCGAAGCGUACGUGGGGUACGGGCUGGCCAACGGAGCGUCGCCGGACGGACGGCGCAGCGGACAGCCCAUAGCAUCCGACCUGAGCCCGGCACCGGUACCCCAGGACCUGCCUGCCAGUCCUGACAGCUGUGACAUCUACAAGGCCUUGGAAUGCUGGAACCUUGACGUCAUCAACCACGACAUGUCGUGUGGCUCCGAGGUGGAUCUGCUGAUACGUGAAGACUUCCCAUUGGACAAGCUGACCGACUUCCUACGUCACUACUCCGACCUCGACGUUCCCAUUGGCUCCAACGUCAUCACAAUCACGUGUGCAGAUCCGGAGACGCUGGAGAAGGCGUCCAACAUGACCGACCCGUACGAGCUAGUGCGCGUGCGCCAGGGCGGCUGGACCGAGUUCUUCAUCACGCUGUUCCCCGUGCACCAGGGUCAACAGCGACGCCGCAUGUACGUCAUCCCGUGACGUA